UAGCAGACUAGCUAACGUCAGUUUUCACAUUUUCAAUGCGAAUAACACCGUCACCGAAAAUAUCAAAAUAUUGUGGUCGUAGUUCGCUACGACAAUGUUAUAUAAAUGAGAAUGCUGUUGAGUUUGCUAGCUCGGAGAUUAGCCAACGUUAGUUAGAUAUCGUUACAUGGCUAACGGUGGUUUAUCCUCGAAGGAAGAAGGGGGAAAACUGCUGUUCGCUAACGUUUGCUGUCUUCCGUUUUUGGUAGGAUUAUAUCACGAUAUUUUUUUCCACGGCGCAAAUUUUAACGAAGCAGACUCGACUCUUGGUCCUUUUAUUAACCUACUGUAUGUAAAAUAGUUAGCUAUAGCUUGGAAAAUAAAAUAUUACACUGGUGAGACAUUUGAACAACCACCAAUAAGCCUAAUGCAACAUUGGCAACAUUAGCAGAUAUUACAUAGUUCCUAAGGAUGGCUAGCUGUGGUGAGGUUGACCACACUGUGAGCUUGCUCCCAUCCAGUAAGAAGGGGAGUGGUGACUCUGCCUGCUCUGUUUCCAGUGGCUCAUCACCUGCCCUGUCUGUCCCAGAAUGUGCCAUUUGCCUGCAGAGCUGUGUCCACCCUGUACAGCUACCCUGCCGCCAUGUCUUCUGCUUCCUGUGUGUGAAAGGGGCGUCCUGGCAGAGCAAGCGCUGUGCUCUCUGUAGACAGGAGGUUCCCGAGGACUUCCUGGAGCACCCCACUCUGCUGUCCCCCGAAGAGCUUAAGACCGGAGGGUGGGGUGCCACAGAGGACAAUGCCUGGUACUAUGAGGGGAGGAAUGGCUGGUGGCAGUAUGACGAAAGGACCAGUCGUGAGCUGGAGGACGCUUUCUCCAAGGGCAAGAAGACGGCUGAAAUGCUGAUAGCCGGGUUCCUGUACGUGGCCGACCUGGAGAACAUGGUGCAGUACCGGCGCAAUGAGCACGGCCGCCGCCGCAAGAUAAAACGGGACAUUGUGGACAUCCCCAAGAAAGGGGUGGCGGGCCUCCGUCUGGACACCGAGGGUGGCACGCAGGGGUCCUCUGCGGCAGGGAGAGGGAACUCUGCAGACGGGGCUGAUACUUCAGCAGCCGCAGUGCAGCAGGCUGCAACAUCUCCAGCUACCUCCACAGUCCUGUCUGCUCCUGCCAGGCCUCCCACCUCUCUGGGGGGCCAGCCUGGCAGCCCGACCAGCCCCUCCCUUGAGGACACCCUGGCCCUGCUCCACAUCAGUCCCACAGAUGCACCAGAGAGGGCUGAGGUUGGGGAGGGAGAGGAGGGGGAAGAAGAGGCCACUGCUACACCCUCCAUGUCAUCUGGUCCUAACACCUCUGUGGAUGGUUCUGGGGACUGGAGCGACGAUGAGGGUGAUGGGGAGGCAGUGGAUCACCGGGAGCAGAGACUGCGUUUGGGGGAGAGCCCAGAGGACAGGUCCCCCCCUGGGGCUGAGGCCUCCAGCAGCAGUAGUGUGAGGUCGCGAAGGCCUGACGGCCAGUGUACUGAAGUGUGAGCUCGACUCAUCCUGAACCUCUGCACUGUAGCUAACAUUCUCAGUUAAUAUAGGACUCUGAAACCGACUCAAACCAACCCCGCAUAUAACUGUCUCAAGGCAAGGAUAUGCUCAUUAUAUUAGACUUUAAAGAUUAAAAUUACCCCCCUUAAAAUUAGUGAUAAUCUACAUUUACUGGUGGGCCUUGGGAGCAAAGUCUUUCCCCAUACAACUUGUUAAUUGAGCGUUGAGUUGUUUCGUGUAAGUUGUUUGAACGGUCCCUUGUCUCCAGACUGUGUGUGUGAUGCAGCCGUGUUGAAAGUUGGAGACUUUAUUUUAAGAGACAUGGGGUGGCAGGUAGCCUAGUGGUUAGAGCAUUGGACCAGUAACCGGAAGGUUGCAAGAUCGAAUCCCCGAGCUGACAAGGUACAAAUCUGUCAUUCUGCCCCUGAACAAGGCAGGUAACCAACUGUUCCUAGGCAGUCAUUGAAAAUAAGAGCAAAUUCUUAACUAUCUUGCCUAGUUAAAUAAAGGUUAAAUUAAAAAUGCAUUUAACUGAAUGGGGUUGCAGACUUUUACCAGCUAGUUGUUUUGAUCGGAUCAGUGGUUGUUUUUCUCUCUGCAGCAGCUUGGUGUGUUGCGCUCUAGGCUGCUCCAAAAUGAUUAACACCAUGCUCCAUGACCUCUCUGAUCAAAGUCAGACAUUUUAAUUUAAGUUGCUGAUUAUUAAUCUGAAAAGUCUGUUUCAUAACAUGUGCAUGUGUUUUAAGAGAGGGGUUGGUUUCUUAAACACUACUGGUGAGGAGGAGGACUGGUGUUUUAGAUUUUAGUUUAACUGUUUUAAAAUGUUUUCCCUCUGGUUGUAAAUUCUAUUGUGUGAUUAGUAUGACGGUAAGAGAAGAGCAACGGUUGCUAAGUGGAUUGCUGCCUGUCUCCAGCAAAACCAUUUGAAGUUUUACAUGUGUUUAUUUCUUACCAGCUUACUGUCAAUGUCAUCUGGUCAGCUCCAUUUUACUGUCAUUAAGAACCUUUAUGUAAUUUUAAAUAAAAUGUGUGUAUUCAUCAACCCAAAAGGUUGAUAUGGGAA